CUUGAAUCAUAUUGAUGUCAAAGUACCAUAAAUCUGUCGUGUCUGUCAACCCUAGGGUAUUCACAAGAUUACACAAUCAGUAAAAUCUAGCAUCCUAUUAGGCGUACAAAGACCCACGCCAUUGUUUUCUCUCAAUACUUCUAAUACGCCUUCUAGUUACGAUUAAUUAAAAUGUCUACUUUUAAUGAGAAUCAAUUCGACGACCCAGAAGCGAAUAGAGAACUUUCUCAAUCGUCAGGGGUUGAUCACGACUCGGACGAUGGGGAACGUCAACCCUUAAUAGGUUCAAUCCCACCAAAGGAAGAGGGUUGGAUAGCUCCUCGACAUUUUGUUUGGAUUGAGUUGGCGAUAAUGUCAAAUGUAUUUCUUUAUGGGUUUGAUGGGACUAUUACAGCAUCUACGUAUGCCGUAAUUAGUUCGGAAUUCGAUGCGACCAACACUGCGUCUUGGCUUACAACAUCGUAUCUUAUUACAAGUACGGCUUUUCAACCUCUAUAUGGCCGUGUAUCCGAUAUUUUCGGUCGUCGUAUCUGCUUUUUUAUUUCCACUAUCACGUUUGCCUUGGGCUGCCUGGGAUGUGGUGUUGCGAACGACAUCGUUCUACUCAACUGUACGAGAGCCCUGGCUGGCUUUGGUGGUGGGGGACUUAUGACUAUGGCCACUAUCGUCAAUUCGGAUAUGAUACCAUUUCGUAGACGUGGGAUGUAUCAAGCCAUGCAAAACGGCAUUUUCGGCUUCGGUGCGAUAUGUGGUGCCUCAUUUGGGGGCUCGAUCGCCGACACUAUCGGAUGGCGUUGGUGCUUUCUCUUGCAAGUACCAGUAUCAGUCAUUGCACUCUUUUUCGGUUAUAUAGUCAUAAAAAACCAGCGAGAUAACCUUGGAGGGAUCUCGAAUCUGAAGGAAACUUGGCGUAUAGUCGACUUCUCGGGCUCUCUCCUUUUAGUCGUCGCAAUAUCGAUUCAGCUAGUUGGGUUGAGCUUAGGGGGCAAUGAAUUGCCCUGGAGUAGCCUAUGGGUUAUAAUGUCCCUUGUUGGAAGUGUUCUGCUGUUCGGCCUAUUCCUUCGAGUCGAGGCUAAGACCACUGCGAUACCGGUGAUCCCUCUACGCAUGCUGAAAGGUCGUCUGCCCAUUUUCAUCCAAUUGGCUAACGUCUGCGCUGGGAUUUCCGCAUAUGCGUACCUCUUCCUACUACCCCUAUUCUUCCAGAUAGUGCUGCUCGAUUCAGCUACUACCGCAGGGGCUAGACUCGCCAUCCCAUCAUUAGCAACCCCGAUCGGUGGUCUUAUCGCCGGCAUCGUAAUGUCACGAUGGGGCAAACUUAUUACUCUCAUUCGUAUAGGGGCCAUUUUUAUGGUCCUUGGAAAUGCGUUGGUAACCUCACUGAAUUUCGUGGAUGCUAACUGGAAAUAUUACGUUUACAUCUUCCCCGCCAAUUUAGGACAGGGGAUUAUAUACCCUGGUAUUCUGUUUACCUCGUUAGCGACUUUCGAACAUGCUGACCAUGCCGUAUCCUCGUCUACCGUUUAUCUCAUCAGAUCUCUCGGGACUGUCUGGGGCGUGUCCGUUACAUCCGCCAUUGUCCAAACCACGCUCACUAUACGACUUCCGUCUGUCUUAGGCGAUAUACCAGAUAAAUGGAGAGUUAUUGAUUCAAUCCGGCACUCGGCCGAGACUCUACGCGACCUUCCACUAGAUAUUCAGCUCAAGGCACGCAUGGUCUACUAUGACGGACUACGGUACUCAUUCGCCGCCUCAACCGGCUUUGCGCUUAUCGCGUUUUGCGCGGCGAUGUGCGCCAACGGCAGGGGACUGCGCAAAACCACGGGCUAG